AGACGAGUUACUCCUUUUUUUUUAAGUUAACGGUAUGCGGAAUGAUAGCCAAAUCCAAAAUCAACUACUAAAAUUUGCAAAAUUUUCAAAAAGAAAUAUGGGAACAGUAACAAGUAGUACAUAUUUAACAAUAUUUGGUGCAGGAACAGUACUAGGCGCAACUUCUGUAUACUUUAUUUCCAAAUUUAGACAUAAACCAAAAGAAGAAAUAUGGAAAAACGGAAUGGAAGAAAGAUAUGAGUUUAAAGACCCCAAAGAUGAAUAUAGGUUAAUAAUGGGAGUACGAAAUGAUUUAAAAAUGCAAAAAGGUAAAGUAGCUGCACAAUGUGGACAUGCAGCAGUAGCUGCCUAUGCCAAAGCCUUCAAACAGAGACCGAAAAUUUUGCAAAAUUGGUUAAAGUUUGGAGGUACAAAAAUAGCUGUCCGACUAGAUUCUGAAGAAGAACUGCUCUCAGUGGAUAGAAAAGCAAAAGAAUUAAAUGUGUUAUCAAGUAUUGUUAGAGAUGCUGGGCAAACGCAAGUUGCACCAGGAACCAGAACUGUUAUAGCCAUAGGUCCAGCACCCAAGAGUGUUUUGGAUAAAAUUACUGGACAUUUAAAAUUAUAUUAGUUACCUACAUAGUUACAAUAAAAAAAUAUUUAUUACUUAA